AUGGCAAUCUGGAGUUAUAGCGAGUCACUUAAAAUUGAAAUUCACUUCCAAGUUGACAAAUCCUUCCAAAAAGGAUGUGAUUUUCUUAACUUGGAGUUGACUUGCCACCUCACCAGAGCUCCAGGAAACCGCAAAGAAGCGUGGUCAAGACAAGCAAUAGAGGAGAAAUUCUAUAUUAACCCAACUUAUUUUGCUUCGCUUAAAAUAUCUUUUCUAAUCCAUUAA